AUGAGCAGCUCUCGAAUCGUGACGAGAUGGGCUUCCAAAAAACGCAGGAAGAGCGACGGCAUUCCCGACUCACCAUCAACAGACAAAUCGUCAAACGGAAACAUUGAUUCUCUCGCGAACGAACUCUUAGCUAAUGGCGGAUUUUUACGCGGUGAUGAUGGAGGAGAUCAAAGGAGAAGGCUGCUAGAUUUAUGCAAUGCUGGAGACUGGAAUGUCGUUAGAUAUUAUGUAGAGGCAAAUGAAAGAACUGUGCGAGAAAGUCUGUCGAUGCCACUGGAUGUGGCAGGAAACACACCACUGCAUCUCGCAGUUUCCAUGGCAGACCACAGUCUGGUUUGCUUGCUGCUGCUGAAGGGAGCCGAUCCAAAUGUGUCAAAUCGUGUAGAUGUGACGCCCACCACUCUAGCAUGUCGGCUUGGUAUACCACGAAUUCUCAAAACACUACGAAAACAUGGUGGUGUUGCAACAGUCAUGGAACGGAAAAUGGCUCAAUCCAGAGCCAAGAAUGUAAUUGCUUUAGCUGCUGGACCAGCCGAAACCUCGAAUCAAAAGACUGGUAACGCUGCUGGAAUACCUGGACGAAGAACAUCUGCUGGUCGAACAGGACCUCCAAGUGCAGCUUCCAAUUCCUCGACACCCAUCAAACCAAAACCGAAUCCAAAUCCAGCCCAAUCAUCGCCCCGAACGCAGGGUGAUGUCGAGUAUAAUAAUGAAGUGAGAGCACUCGUACGAUCCUUUCCCCGUAAUUAUUUCACUGCUGAAAAUGCAGCAUAUCUCGGUGCUACUAUACCUACAUUCGAUGCACCUGCCCUCCAAGUAAUAAAUUAUAAAGAUGCUAACGGAUGGACGCCAUUAAUGAAGGCAGCUUACAAGGGCCACAGGGAUUUAGUCAAGGGCCUCAUCACUCGUGGAGCCAGUGUUCGAGAAUUUGAUAACAUUGGAUGUACAGCACUCGUAUGGGCCUGUCUCGGCGGUGACGAAGACUGUAUAGAUAUCUUAUUAGAAGAGGGUGCACCCGUAAACGCCUUUUUGGAAUCAGCAAAAUUCAAACCAUGUCCACCACCAACACCACUCAUCGCUGCUGCCUAUGUCGGUAAUGUGGCCGUAGUCAGACGAUUAGUGGAAGCCGGCGCAAGAACAGAUACCCGGAUCGGGCCAGGCCGUGGUAAAACAGCCUUGAUGGUUGCAGCAUGGAUGAAGAAUGUAAAUGUAGUUUCCUACCUCCUAUCACAAAACCCAACCGUCGAUACAAAGGCAGAAGAAUGGGUGAGUAGAGGUAUCGCCGUCCUCAAGCGAGUGACGGAUCGUGGAAUAUUGUUCGCAACGACGCAAGGGGGGCUCAAAAGUGUGCCGAAACUACCUGCUUUAACUCAAGAUGAAACGGAUGUAGCUAAGAAAGUGGCGGAACUUAUUGAAGAACGUCGUGCAAUAAGUUCACAGCAAGCAAAGCUGAUACCGUCUUCAAAGUUUGGAAGCAUUAAACGGAAGCGAGCAAAGGCUGAUCCGCAGCUUGAGGCAAAAGUAUUAGCCGAUUUACUGGAUCGACUGCCUGAUCGAGGAACAGAGUUGGAUUUCCAGUGCUUUGUAAUUUUGCAAUGUGCUGUGGAACUCCUCGUAGCAGCAAGUCGUAAUCAGAAAGCCGAAUACGUCACAAUCACAGCCAAAAUGAAUCAUUUAGCAUCCGAGAUUGCCCGUGAAGUAGAUUCAUUUGAUCAUGUCGGUCCAGCUUUAAAUCUUCCAAGGAUGUCAACACCAGUGAAAUCAGUAUCUCCCACUACAACCACGCGAUCCGUUUAUGGUGAAAUUUCCGCAAUAUCCUUCUCCACGUCAGCUGUCAGAGCAAAAUUACGAGUAUUGUCAAGUGCACUGAAUGGUGAUUUGCCCCGCGCUCUUUUGGUCGCUACCAAGAUUGCCUGUGGUGUUUGGCCACCAGCAGAAGCUAAUCAGGACAUGAGUGUGGCCGCUGGUAAUAUUGCUAGAGUAUGUCGAGAAUUGGUCGAUCUAGCCAAUGCCACAGGAUACUGGCCCAUCGUAGAUAAAGAGCUGGUCUUACGUAUAUCGACAGAUCAUGUAGCUCAAGCAGACAACACGGAAGGUGCAGCUAGUGUGGGUAGUGGUGUCCCACUUACGUACGACCAGUACAAGCGAGUCAAUGACUUGCGUGAAUUGGAAGAAACAUCGAAACAGUACGACCAGGCUACCCAAGAAAUCCCAGCUGAAAACGUUACGGAAAGACCCGGUGAAAAGUUCCUUCAUGAUGUGGAAUUUGUCUUGCUACGGCAGUUUGUUGCGGCUCUGAGUGAGCUCAAGAAGUUACACGAGCAGCAUCUUAAAGAAGAAUACCUGGCUGCCACAUCUCUCAUCAAUGCUCGUGCUGAUACAAUUGUGGAAGAAAUCCGUAACUUUGAUAUGAUUUGUGACUUGAAGGACAGUAUUAUGAUUGAGCCUGAAGAUAUGCCGAGGCUUCAAGCAACUGGAAUUUCAACUUUGUUGGGAAUCACUGCUCUGCCAACUCCAAUUCGACCUUUUAUUGUACAGCUCCUGAACGAUGUCAAGAGCACCUCUAAAACUGUCACGAUGCGUGGUAGUUUGGCAGCUGGUAUUUGGCCCACUCCGACCGCAUCUCAGGAAAUGCUGGCAGCAACCAUUCCAUGUGUUUUGGCAGUCAAGGCUCUAGUUAAUCUUACAAAGGAGGCCAUUAGUAAAUCUAUUCAACAAAUGGAUGAAGAACGUCGAAAGAAGGAAGAAUGGAAUCGCACAUGGCAACAGAACGAAAGGACGAAGAAGAUGUUCAAGAUUUUGGAUUCCUCGGAAGCUGGAGCGCAAGGCGAAACGGACCAAUUGACAAAGGAAGAAACCGUUCUUUUGGAAGAAAAUACAGAAGGUCUGCUCAUUGAAGGAAACCUUGUCAAGGGUGGACGAUUACCCAAGUUGAUUGAGCAAAUUACUCAAGCACAUCGAAAAAAUGAUCCUGAGAUCACAGCAACACUCCUAAUGACCCAUCAUUCAUUCACCUCGUCGAUUGAAUUGUUUGAUGCCUUCAUCAAACGUUACGAUAUUGCACCUCCAUAUGGUCUCAACAAGCAGAACUUUGAGUUUUAUAUCAACAAAAAGAUUGUACCCAUUCGAUGGCGUGUAUCAAGUGUGAUACGCUUAUGGAUUGAACAGCAUCCAGAAGACUUUAUCGAGAAUGAAGUGCUAGUCCGUCGAGUCACAAACUGGAUUGAAAAGAAGCUCAAGACAGACUUCGACUCAUUCGCUCUAUCCCUAUCACGAGCCUUAAACACAAAGUUAACAGCUCCACGAGAUGCAAAAGAAAGUGGCCCAUCUAGCCCAGUACAACAUGGAUCCGGACAUUUAUCAUACUCUGGACCUAAACCGAUACUGCCUCGAAACAUCCCUGGCACUGAUUUGGGACUGGCGCUGCUGACAGACAGCAAAUUCUUCUUUGACAUUGACCCAUUGGAGAUAGCCAGACAAUUGGCUCUUACUACAUUUACCGAUUUUAAGAAUGUGAGACCUGUUGAGUGUUUGGAUCAGAUAUGGGGCGAGAAGAGACGGAAGGAGCUGAAUAAGUUGAGAAGGCCUGGAACGGUAAUUCCUGUUACGCCACAAGGAACUGUUGGUGGUAUUGGAAAGCUGAUUCAGCAUACCAAUCGACUCUCUAUGUGGGUUGCACACCAUGUGUUGAAUUGUGACAGUAUGAAGUCUCGAGCAUCUGCUCUCAAGUACUUUUGUCAGCUGGCUCUGCAUUGUCGAGAGCUAAACGACUUUAACGGAAUUACUGGUAUCGUUGCUGGUCUCUCCAUGGCACCUGUUCUUCGUCUGAAGAAGGCAUGGCAGUCAUUCGAGGACAAGUAUCCCAAAAUACUCGAAGCAUAUACCGAAGUCGCAGAUCUAGUCAGUCCCAAAGGCCAAUACGCUAACUACCGUAAAGUCCUCGCGGUCCUAAUCCCUCCCGCCAUACCCUUCCUUGGUGUUUACCUUACUGACCUAACCUUUGUGGAACUGGGUAAUCCAGACUAUCUCCCAGAAUCCUCCUUCAUCAAUUUCGAGAAACGGCGUAAAGCCUUCCAAGUUAUUAAAGACAUUCAAAAGUUUCAGGUUACACCAUUCGAGUUUGCACCUGUGCUGGGUAUUCAGCGGUGGUUGGAUGCUGUUGGUGCCGAAGGAGAUGUGUCUGGUGUUGGUAAAUUGAGUAAUGAUGAUCAGUUGUAUGAGGCUUCACUCGCUGUUGAGCCUAGAGAGGAUUCGGACGAUGAGGAUGAUGAAGACGAGCUGUAA